AUGUCGCAGCAGGAGGCGGCGGAUCCGGCGGCGGCGGAGGAGCGGCCAGGGGAGCUUCCGCGGAGCGGCUCCUCCAGCCGGCUCAACGCGCGGGCGCCGGAGUUCGUGCCGCGGGCGGCGGCGGCGCCGCCCCCGCCGGGGGUGAUCCGCGUGUUCGCCGCCGCGCCGGCCCCGCCCCCCGCGGCGUUCUUCGCCGCGGUGCCCCCUCCGCCCCCGCCGCCGUUCGAGUACUACCCGCCGGUCGGGGGCGGGUUCGGUUCGCCGGUGGAGCACGAGGCGGAGGCCCAGCAGGCGCCGCCGGCGCAGGGGCAACAGCAGCAGCCGGCGAGGGACGGUAUCUCCGACGACGUGGUGCACAAGAUCACGAAGCAGGGCGCUUCGAAUUUUCAGAGCGCGAACCCGGGAUCAUCUUCCUCACGGGCUGCCACCUCCGGUGCCGCCAUGGCCGAGGUCCCCGAGGAAUCCGCCGCCGCAAUCCCGGUGCACGGAUGCAGCUCACGCCCGCUCUCGUUCCCAUCCCAGCCGUCGGAUAUCAAGAAUUGGUUCUCGAGCUACGAGUAUGAGUCGCCGGAGUUACCGGAGCUGGCUGGUGGCGGCCAUGGCAGCGACAGCAGCAUCGAGACCCAGGAUCCACUGGAGAAGGUAGGGUUGGCCGGGCAUUCAUUCUUGGAAUGCACCGCUCAUGAUGAUGAUGGUGAUGGUGAUGCUGCUUUGAGGAUUAACCAAUUCGGAGGACGCCGAUACGAGCGUGAGGUUUCUGGCACAAGAGAUCUGAUCCCCGGUAGUAGGAGCACCGUGGAGCGUGGCGGGAAGAGGAAGCAAAGCUUGCGGAGCUUGUUCGGAGAUGGUUUUCUUGACAGUGUCGGCAAGCCUUGUGGAACUGAAAGCCACGCCAUGUUGCCUCUGCCAGAUUGCAGCGGAAUGUGCUUGCCUAAUGAUACUCAAGAAGGCGCAAUUGAAAACCUCGAGCUGGUGGUGGGCUGUAAUGGCAUCGAUUCAGCUGAUACUCAAGAUGGUUCCCAGGGUGGUCAGGAGACAGAGCACAGCAGACUGCCAAUUGGUGACAGUAUUAGUUUGAUUUCAUCUCAUACUGAAAAGGGUACCCCAAAAGAUCACAACGAAAGCCGGUUCCAAGAAGAUGGCAUUCAGAACAGCGUGUCACCCAUCAAUUGUGAUGGCAUCAUCAUAUCUGACACACACGAAAACUCUACAGGGGAAGAAAUUUGCCAUGGCAACAGCACAAAGGGUAAUAAAGAACAUGAAGAAACAUCUGCAGUCGAUGGUUUUGUGGCCAUCGGGAGGAAGAAGAAACCGGAACAAGAAACGAAGACGAACAGAUCUGUAGCCGAUGGUUUUGUGGCCAUCAGGAGGAAGAAGAAACCGGAACAAGAAACGAAGACGAACAGAACCCUUAAGCCCCCAAUGAAAAGAGAGAAUGCAAGAUCGCAAGAGAAGCACGGCAUUGUGAAACAGAAGGGGCGCAAUGGUAGAAGCCCCUUGGCAGACAAGACCAAUGUUUCAGAGUCAGAGGUAGCAGCUGCUCCAUCAGCAGAGCUCCGUGGGAAAUGGAAGUGCCCUCGCAAAGGAAAGCCCUAUGUUGGUCCUCCACUGAAACAGCUGCGGUUGGAGCAAUGGGUGCGUCGGGGGGAUUGAAACAUAUGCGUUCUUCAGGUUUUGAAGCGAUUCUGUUGCAUGUUUCAGUUUUGGUAUUUUGGCACAGCCUGUUGUAAGAGUGCAUGCUUUCUUCCUGCUUCGAUGCUUGUCAUCUUGUUGUCCAUCGCACUACUGGGUUAAGUUCACUGUUUGCCAAAGCACUAUUGCUGACACAA